GCGGCUCCGGUAGUUGUUGUCCUCUGAUAUUUGGGCUCCGGUUGUACGGCGGUUCGUCCCGCCUGCGGGGGUGAAGUUACUGCCGAGAAGCCGUGACGGCAAAGUGGAGCCGUCACUGGCGGCGAGAUGGACAUCCUCAAGUCGGAGAUUCUGCGGAAGCGGCAGCUGGUGGAGGACCGGAACCUGCUAGUGGAAAAUAAAAAAUAUUUCAAGCGGAGUGAACUUGCAAAAAAAGAAGAAGAAGCAUAUUUUGAAAGAUGUGGCUAUAAGAUACAGCCAAAAGAGGAAGACCAGAAACCGCUGACGUCAUCAAAUCCAGUGUUGGAACUUGAACUAGCAGAGGAAAAACUACCCAUGACUCUUUCUAGGCAAGAGGUCAUCAGAAGACUGAGAGAAAGAGGAGAACCAAUUAGACUGUUUGGAGAAACCGAUUAUGAUGCUUUCCAACGUUUAAGAAAGAUAGAGAUUCUUACACCUGAAGUUAACAAGGGCUUAAGGAAUGAUCUGAAAGCAGCUUUGGACAAGAUUGACCAGCAGUACUUGAAUGAGAUUGUGGGUGGUCAGGAACCGGGAGAGGAGGACACACAGAAUGACUUGAAAGUUCAUGAAGAAAACACCACCAUUGAAGAAUUAGAGGCCCUGGGGGAGUCCUUAGGGAAAGGUGACGAUCAUAAGGACAUGGACAUCAUCACCAAGUUCCUAAAGUUUCUUCUUGGCGUUUGGGCUAAAGAAUUGAAUGCCAGAGAGGAUUAUGUGAAACGCAGCGUGCAGGGCAAACUGAACAGUGCUACCCAGAAGCAGACCGAGUCCUACCUCAGGCCGCUCUUCAGGAAGCUCCGGAAAAGGAAUCUUCCUGCUGAUAUUAAAGAAUCCAUAACAGAUAUUAUAAAGUUCAUGUUGCAGAGAGAGUACGUAAAGGCGAAUGAUGCGUACCUGCAGAUGGCCAUUGGGAAUGCUCCUUGGCCUAUUGGUGUCACUAUGGUUGGUAUCCAUGCCAGAACUGGCAGGGAAAAGAUCUUUUCCAAGCAUGUUGCACAUGUUUUAAACGAUGAAACCCAGCGGAAAUACAUUCAGGGACUGAAGAGGUUAAUGACAAUUUGCCAAAAGCACUUUCCUACGGAUCCAUCAAAAUGUGUGGAGUAUAAUGCGCUAUGAGAUGUAUGUACGCUGUGCACAUAACAUGUGCGUGUAGCAAGAAGCCUAGACAAGCAACAUGUAGACUUCUGGCCUUACCACAGCAGCAAAGGAAGAGUUCCACAGGAGAGCGCCAUCGGAUGCAAGUCUUGUUGGUCUUAAGAACUGUGUUGGCUUUCAUAUGGUAUUAGACUUCUAACACAUUUAUGUGGUUGUUUUCAUUUUAAUCAGUUGAAAACUUAAGUCCUAAAGCUGUUAUCCAUCGUGUAGAUGUGUAGACAACAACAACCAGCAGGGGGUUUGAAAUGACCUUUCUCCCCGGGACCCAAAAUCUGUCAUUAGAUAAUUAGAAAUAUUUGAGGUCAGGUUUUAGCUUUUUGUAAAUUAUCAUGAUUUGCACAUUUUUCUCUUAUGUAGUAUUUAUAGAAAAUUUUUUUUUGUAUUUCAACAAAAGUGUGGUACCAUUGAAAUGUUCCUUUACAGUUCUUAAAUAUUUUGUGGACUUUUGUCAUCUUGCAAUAGAAUGUAAAUGCUACUGUUAAGUGUUAUUUUUUAUUAUGUUUCAGACUUGCUUUUGUUUCUAAGCAGAGUACAUUUUAGUAUUUGUCAUCUUUCUGGACAGAUAGGAUUAAUAGAUAGAAGGUUGGAAAGCAAAGACGGUAAAUUACACCAGCAUACGUCAGAACACCAGCGCCCAGGUGAGGGUGACGAGAUGGAAUUGGGGUCAGCUGAGAGUGGCAGCCUUAGGGUGGGAAAGCCAAAGAGGGCGGAGGUCUCGGUCCUCAGUCCGAUCUCACCAUUGUGCCCACUCCCUGCUGCAGCGCUGGCAGGACUGGGUUGUUAGGUGACAGGUUGGGGGGCCACACGAGGCUCCAUGCACUAACAGAACAGCGGUGGACAAGUGCUUUCAUCUUGCCGGGCUUUGGCUUCCUUCUCUGACACUGGUAAGGGUACACACCUCACGUUAUUAUUGUGUAAGUAAAAUGCUGAGCCCGCUGCCUGGGGGAGGACAGGAGAUCGUUAUUGCCUGGCAUAUAUUCCUAUAUCAGUGUAGACCAAGGGCCAAUAUGGCCCCCCUGUGGCUACGAUGGGAUAGUAUGUACUUGUGUGAUAACAACAAGGACAGGAGAUCGUUAUUGCCUGGCAUAUAUUCCUAUAUCAGUGUAGACCAAGGGCCAAUAUGGCCCCCCUGUGGCUACGAUGGGAUAGUAUGUACUUGUGUGAUAACAACAAUAAUGAUUGUAUUAGCAGCAAGUAGUAAAUGUGGAAUCGUUAAGUUUUUCCUGUCUUUACUUGCAUCUAGGUCCAGGUUUAGAGUUGCAGAGAAUGAGAGCCUGUGGCUGCUGGACGUGGCUUAGAGUCACAGUUGCUUAUUCUGGUCCCUCUUUAGAAAGAGUGAAAGCCACUUUUGGCUUCUUGAGGCCCAAGGCUGUGCAUAGAUAGGACAGUCUCGGCCAGUUACUUGCAGGGAGGUAGGUGUCUGUCUUGGUUUGAAUCAGUGUCCUCAUCGUCCCCUCCCCCGCAUACUGUAGAAGUCUUUUCUUAUGAUUAAAUUGGGUAGAACUUUGGGGGAUUUAUUUGACAAUGAGAAACCUUGAUGAGAUGUGCAACAAGUCCCUACCUGUGACAUGUGGUUUUGUUAUGAAGGUCUUUAUGAAUAUUACAGGAUAAUGCCUUAUUAUAAAUAUUGCUGGAUAAUAACUUAUUUAUUAUCGCUGUCAGGUCACAGCAUGGUAAGUGAUUUUAUGUUGUCUUCCUUUCUGUUAUUAAUGUUCCACAUGAAGAAGAAACUGUAUCAUGCGACUUCAGUACUUCGUAAACUUGAUCAUUGUGGGCUGGUUUUGGUUUUGUUGUUUUGUUUUAAGAGGAGGGUAUGUAUUCUACAGGACUGUGAUGUGACUUUACUCUUUCUGAGUUUGGGUGGAAAGAAACAUGUUUAAAUACGUGGCUUUCAGAAAAGUUUUUUAUGUCUGAAAUUAAAGAAGCUAUAUAGAUACUCCUAGAAUAUGUAGAAAAUGGUAUUUCAUUCAAGUCAUGGAAAUUUUACUUCUGCAUAUACUCUA